AUGUAUAAAAUGGAAUAUUCUUACCUCAAUUCCUCUGCCUACGAGUCCUGUAUGGCUGGGAUGGACACCUCGAGCCUGGCUUCAGCUUAUGCUGACUUCAGUUCCUGCAGUCAAGCCAGUGGCUUCCAAUAUAACCCUAUAAGGACCACUUUUGGGGCCACCUCGGGCUGCCCGUCCCUCACUCCAGGAUCCUGCAGCCUCGGCACUCUUAGGGACCAUCAGAGCAGUCCAUACGCAGCAGUUCCUUACAAACUCUUUACGGAUCACGGCGGGCUCAACGAGAAGAGGAAGCAGCGGCGGAUACGCACUACAUUUACCAGCGCGCAACUCAAGGAGCUUGAGAGGGUCUUCGCGGAGACGCAUUACCCCGACAUCUACACUAGAGAGGAGCUCGCUCUGAAGAUCGACCUUACCGAAGCGCGAGUACAGGUGUGGUUCCAGAACCGCCGGGCCAAAUUCCGUAAGCAGGAGAGAGCAGCGGCGGCCGCGGCGGCUGCAGCCAAAAACGGCUCAUCUGGCAAGAAAUCGGAUGCAUCUCGGGACGACGAGAGCAAAGAUGCCAAGAGCACCGACCCGGACAGUACGGGGGGCCCGGGACCCAAUCCUAAUCCCACCCCGAGCUGUGGGGCCGGCGGUGGAGGAGGCGGAGGCCCCAGCCCCGCAGGAGCCCCGGGGGCGGCGGGGCCCGGAGGCCCGGGGGGCGAACCCGGCAAGGGGGGCGCGGCGGCGGCAGCGGCUGCAGCGGCGGCUGCGGCGGCAGCGGCGGCCGCGGCGGCUGCCGGGGGCUUGGCUGCGGCUGGGGGACCAGGACAAGGUUGGGCCCCGGGGCCAGGCCCCAUCACUUCGAUCCCAGAUUCUCUCGGGGGCCCCUUCGCCAGCGUCCUGUCCUCCCUCCAGAGACCCAACGGCGCCAAAGCCGCCUUAGUAAAGAGCAGCAUGUUCUGA